AUGUCCAGCUCACCUCUGAACGAUCUCUACGACGCCGUGUCUAGCAGGACCGGGUUCCUAUCGCGGCCCGACACAGGCACAGGGGCAUUUCCACUUGUCAUUCUCCUUCUGGGAUAUUACCAUCGCCUUCCAGGACUCGUCGCCGCCGAGCAUCGCGCUGAUGUUGUCACGCUCGGCAGUGACAAGUCCCCUACGAAGACUGUCAUCAGAUCACGGCGCAGCGCCACGCAUCUCGGGCAUAACUCGAGGAAUGGUUUCGUUGAGUGUCGAAAAGGUGCAGAGGAGUGUGGAUUGAUGGAAGACUGUGCGGUUGUGAUGCCUCGCGAGGGUUGCUGCGCAAGAUGCAAGGGAUGUUGGUACAACGGCACAGAGCACGCUUCUCAUACCGAGUGGAAUGAAGACGGGAGACUGCUUCGCUGUGAAGCCGGGAUAGUUACCAUAUCACGACCGGAAUGCUACGCCCCCUGUGACAAUCCGAAACAUCAGAGGCAUACACACUAUAAUUGCCCCGUUUGUGAAGAAUGUGUCGUCAAUGGGCAACGUGUUCGUGAAGGUCGGGAUGUUCGCAUACAAGAGGAGCCAUGCUUGUCGUGCCGAUGUAUGCGUGGCAUGUUGUCCUGCACUAAACGCGCCUGCCCAGUUCUUCCUUGCAUUAUUUCACAGCAGUACACACCACCUGGGGAGUGCUGUCCCAGAUGUGCACACCCCACAGCAGAUAAAAUUCUUCCAAUUUCAGGAUUUUCUCUUCAAAAACCGUGUAUAAUUGGAAAGGAAUAUCACGCUCACUUAAGUCCAUUCCGGGUGGAUCCUUGUACCGAUUGCACGUGUAUGAACGGUACAGCAGUAUGUACGCGACAUACGUGCCCAGUGUUGACGUGUGGAGCUCGUGCCCUGCCUCCUCUUCCUGGUAAAUGUUGUCCUGAAUGUCCAGAAAUAGAGGAAGCCAAGGCAGCCUGUGUUAUUGGCGGCAAAACAUACCAGGAUGGAGAGAUAUGGCAAUUGGAUGCGUGUAAAUCAUGUGAAUGUCACGGAGGAGAACCUCGUUGCGCUAUGGAAAGAUGUCCUACGUUAACCUGUCCGUCUGAUCAAAAACUUCGACAAUUACCGGGGCAAUGUUGUCCUAAAUGUGUUGAUACCGACGGUAUAUGCACUGUAUUUGGUGAUCCUCAUUAUAAAACAUUUGAUGGUAAGUUUUACAGUUUCCAAGGUUCCUGCAAAUACCAGUUGGUUUCUGAUUGUAAAAAUCACACCUUUUCAAUAAGAAUAUCAAAUGAUGCGAGAAAUACCUCACAUUCGUCGUGGACACGUACUGCAACCCUUCGCAUUGGGUCAACCAAAAUAAACAUGGGGAAAAAAAUGCGAAUAAAAGUAAACGGACAAAGGAUAACUUUCCCGUACAACAUUAAAGGAAUUGCAGAAAUUAACCGAAGCAAUGGGUCCGUUAUAUUGAAGUCUGAAAUAGGUGUUCAGCUUUUGUGGGACGGUGAUGGAUUUUUAGAAGUGACAGUGUCGAGUUCGUAUAAAGACAAGUUGUGCGGAUUAUGUGGAAACUUUAAUUCGUUUGCUAGAGAUGAUAUGAAAACCCGUGACGGAAGACUUGUAAAUGAUACUUGGAGAUUUGGAACUUCAUGGCGGGUAGGUGGACAUCGCGCUUGUACUCGACGACAGGAGAGACCAAGUAGCAUCUCAAGAUGUCGACAAUCGAAGUUAACAAAAGUGAGAAGGUUAUGUCGUGUAUUUGAA